AUGAGUUUUGAAGCGGGUGACGAAAAUGAAGCCGACUAUUUUGACGAGGGAGUUGAUUUCGAUGCGGCAGAGAUGGACGAGCCAUUGAACGAAGAGGCAGGCGCUGGAGAUGAUGAAGAUCACUUUGGCGACAAUGAAGUGGUGCAUUCUAGUGCCGACGGCAAUAUUCCCAUGAAUAUGGAUACGUCAGGAAAAGCUAAUUCGGAGCGGAUCACGACACCGUAUAUGACCAAAUAUGAAAAAGCGCGUAUUUUGGGUACGCGUGCGCUGCAAAUCAGUAUGAACGCACCAGUUCUAGUGCCUACAGAAGGAGAGAUGGAUCCGUUAGCUAUUGCACAGAAAGAGCUUUUGGCCAAAAAGAUUCCUCUUCUCGUGCGGCGGUACCUACCAGAUGGUACUUUUGAGGACUGGAGUGUGUCCGAACUCAUUAUCACGGAUUAA